AUGAAGGAAUCAUUACACAGGUUAGUGCCAGAUGAGUCGAGCGACGGAGACGGUGGGGAGGUGAUGCUGUACUGGAACAAUAAACAGAAAAGAUUAAAAGUGUCUCACGAGGUCCGCGCGUCCUUCUGCCGCCUCAUGCUGCACCUGCUCGUGGACCGCGACCCUCAGGAGCCCGUCACACCCGUCAAGUACGCGAGGCUGUGGGCUGAGGUCGCCGCCACCAUACGAGUGAACGACUAUCAAUGCGUGAAAGGCGGUCAGGACGCGACCAGGAAAAAAGUGAAGAAGCAGUUCGAGUCUACCAUAGACUUCGUUGAGGACUACUUGUGUAAAGACGUGACUAGGACGUGGUACUUGAGCGACCACGACCAGAACAAGUUGACCUUUGAGGUCGUUAAACUGGCUGGAGAAUUAACUUACUUUGGGUUUUAUAGGUGGUGGGCGGAGGGCCGGCGUCCUCGCCGCCCGUCAGCCUUGGCCCUGGCCCGGAAACAUCCACUAGUGAUGGAGACCAAGCUGAAGAUUAUAGAAAUACUGCAGUUUAUCCUGGACGUUCGUUUGGACUACCGCAUCAGCUGCCUGCUGUCGAUCUUCAAGAAGGCCUUCGAGACCUCCUCGCCGGACGCUCUCGGUCGAGUGGACGUGGAGGCCAUAGGACUACAGGCCGAGGGGAUCUUCAGCUGUCGAGACGGUUUAGACCUGGAUGCUUGCGGCGGUCGUAUGGUGUUGAGAGUUCUGCUGCAGCUGUGUUCCCAGGGUGCUUCGGCCAGUCUCGUUUCAGGAGCCCUAGCGCUGCUAUUCCGUCAUUUCAGUCAGAGACAAGAAGUUUUGGAGGCUUUUAAGCAGGUCCAACUGUUAGUGUCUGACGCGGACGUGGAGUCCUACAAACAGAUCAAGGCCGACCUGGACAUACUGAGACAGAGCGUUGAGAAGUCGGAGCUGUGGGUGUUCAAUAAGGGACGCGCCGGGAUUAUAGAUGAUCACAGCGGUGAGAAUUUAAUAUAG